AUGGCUUCCAACGCUCCCGCUGCCUGCUGCGCCACUGGCUUCAAGCAUGAUGGCACGCCUGUCGGCGAAGUGAAGAAUAUUGACGGAGUCGAGACCUAUAUUGUCUCCCCCAAGGACAACAAGAAGCCCGAGAAGGCCGUCAUCUUCAUCACCGACAUCUUCGGCCUCGCUCUCACGAAUGCCAAGCUCGUCGCCGAUGAGUUUGCCAACAAUGGCUACCUGACUGUCAUCCCGGACCUGUUCAACGGCGACCCCAUCAGCCCCGCCGACAUGGACUCCGGCAAGGCCGACAUCCCCAACUGGCUCCCCAAGCACACGACUACUCAGAUCGACCCCAUUAUGCAGAAGAGCAUCAAGUACGUCCGCGAGACUCUCGGCGUCAAGCACGUCGGUGCCGUUGGCUACUGCUUCGGCGGCAAGUAUGUCUGCCGUUUCCUGAAGCCCGGCCAGAUCGACGUCGGCUACACCGCGCACCCUUCGUUCGUUACCGACGAGGAAUUGGCCGGCAUUGCCGGUCCCCUUUCCAUUGCGGCUGCUGAGAUCGACCAGAUCUUCACCACUGAGCUGCGUCACAAGUCCGAGGACAUUCUGAUCAAGGCCGGUCAGCCUUGGCAGAUCAACCUCUUCGGCGGCGUCAGCCACGGCUUUGCUGUCCGUGGUGAUCCGAACAACCAGAAGCAGAAGUUCGCCAAGGAGCAGGCUUUCUGCCAGGCUGUUGGAUGGUUCAACCAGCACCUGUAG